AUGUCUUUUAAGUGCUGGGAUAUCACGAGAACGUCAACAUCACCCAGACUUAUUCCUGAGUGGAAGGACUUGAAACCCCUCUUAAAGGGCAUCCUGAAGGAUAAACAGGCAGUACUAUGGAUACAGAAGAAAGCUGCAGAAAUGGAAGGAGUGAUAAAAAAGAUAAAGUUCCAUGUGAUGGCUCAGGUUCCACCCAUCCAAGCAAUGGUCCACAUAGCUCCCUAUCACAUGUUAAUUGCUUACUGUGAUGACAUGUGCCUGCGGCUCUUUGGGGAUCACCAUCAAGGGUUCGUAUCUCUGGGUAUGGUCCCCUGUCGUUUCUCCAUCAGCUGCCUCAGCUAUGACUCAGAAACUGAGAUGCUUCUCUCUGGUACCCUGGGGGCUGUGGUCACCUGGAUUAUCUUGCCAAAUGGCAGGGGCCUGCAAAUGGCCCAAACUGUGCCUGUGCCUGGUGGUGAGCUUGUUCAGGGCUUUUCCCUGAAUGGCCCCCCGGGCUUCCUGGUGGCUCAUUGUGAGAAUAAGCUGAGAGUCUUCACCCACCAAGGUCAGGGCCAGCUGGAAGAGGUGAAGAAGUUCACUCCUAUCAACAGUGGCUCCACCAUCACCUGCUCCUUCACUUGUUUAUCUCAGGGCUACUUCUAUGUUGGAAACAAGGAUGGAGAAAUCCAUGCUUGGGGUCUAGACAGAGGAAACUUCCUCCACAGCUUCCAGGCUCAUUCCUCAUCAGUGAUAUGUAUCCAAAGCCGGUCAGAGACCUAUACCUUACUAACAGCGGGUGGUGAAGGUGUAGUGAAGGAAUGGAACCUUGCCUUUGGGAACUUGCUGCGGCAGCUGGACAUUGACAAGAACAUGCAGAGACUGCAGUUCAUUGAUAAUAGCACCUUUUUCUGCCAGACUAACCACAAUUUCUCAUUGUAUCACCUGCGCUACUUUUAUAGCCUCUUCAAUGUCUGUGGUUCUGCUCCCCAGGAGGUGCGGCGGGUCUGCUGUGGCCAUAAUUGGACUCGGAUCCUAUGUGCCACUAAGGACGGUCUGUUGCGCUUCUUGUCUCCAGUAACGGGAGAUCUCCUGGUUAUCACCUGGCCUCUACUUAUCAUGGAUAAGGCUGUGGCUUGGGCCUAUGACUCACACAGAGAGGAGCUCUUUGUGGCAACAGAUGGUUCAGAGGUGCUGGUGUUUGACGCAACACGCUCUCCUUGCACAGCCAAGUAUCUUAUGUGUCCUUCAGUAAACCCUGCGGAUAGAGUCAGAUGCCUGGCCUAUGGGCACUACCAUUUGGGUAAGGGCCUUGUAGGACUGAUGUUCAGUGGGCAUGACAGCGGCACUGUGAGAAUCCUCUCCCACUACAGUUGUGCCCGAGUAGCAAAGAUUCUUCACUCUGGGGCAGUCCUGGCAUUGUCUACCCUGGAGGGUCCCCAGGAGUACUCCUUGGUCUGUUCCUAUGGCAUGGAUAAUAUUGUAUACCUCACAGAAGCUGUGCUGCAGGGGAACAGGGUAGUCCUGCAGCCUGUCAGCAAAAUUAUCUGUGUUUGGCCCCUAAAACACGUGAUACUCUUGCCAGGUUCUGUGGGUGCCAUCACUGAGAACCACCACUGGCAUCUCUGGAGUUAUCAGGACUUCCUGACAUCUCCAGGGUCAAAGCAGAGAUCCGACUUUACAGAGACAGAAUGCCUGCACCGGUGUGCCAUCACUUCAUUUGAUGUCUGCCUUUCCCUGAAACUUUUUGUCACGGGGGACACUGGCGGCUUAGUCCGGAUCUGGGACUUCCAUGGGAAACUCAUAACUGAGUUGGACUCUGCGUUACAUUUUGGCCCACUCUGCUUUGCCAAUGACCGGGGUGACCUGCUUUUGACUUUCAACCAGAGUCUUUACCUGGUAUCCUGCUUAAAACUGCUCCCUCCAGCCCAGCUGAUUCACCUUACUCUCCUGAACAAUGCAGAUGACAUACAAGAAGCCCCUAAACCCUUCCUGCCUAGCUUCUUCUUUUCAUUCGAAAAAGUAUUUGUACCCAAAUUUGUCUACUUUGGUCAAGGGUUGCAGGAGUUACGGGGGCUAGAGGCCCUUGUUAACAAGCGGAUGAUUGCCUUUGACCAUACUGUGCCCCAUGUUGUGGAGGAAGAGAGGCCUAAGUCCUCUGUGAUGCAGGAGGGACCCACAUUGCAUUUUUUGGAAGAUAAGUAUAUUGAUUUUCCUAUUCUUACUCCCAAGCGUGAUCGUCCCCCAUUCGUGGUUCCUCCUCAGUUGCGACUGGCUGGCUGGGAUGGGUUGAAACCUUACCAGAUAUUACGGUGUUUCUUUGGUCAAGGGCGGCCUUGGCCCUUUCCUCCAGAUGGCUACAUCCCCAACUCAGUGAUCCGUGCCCGUCUUUGGCCUGAAGGUACCCCCAUCUUCUUGCACUGUGAUCUCCACUCAUCCUACCAAGAUAAGGACUGGGACAUGACUGGACUGAGCAGAAGUCAGGCACUGUCACCUGUGACCUCAAGAAAACAGAAAAUCUCAAAGAGGAAACCAGACCGAAAACCCACGCUGGGAAAACAAACUUUCUUUGAUAUUCUUGUAAACUUGGCCAGUCAAAAUUGGAUGGGAAGAAAACUGGAUGAAGGACUUAUCAAUACUAUAAUUGAGACCAUCCUCAACCUCACAGUUUACUGUUCUAUAGAGCAAUACAAGACGUAUAUCAGUAUCCUGGCACAGAUUUUUGCCUCCCAUCAAGUAUCUCCAAGGUGGCAUUCUGAAACUGCUUGUCGCCUCAUGGAAGACACAACUCAUUCCAAUCCAGAGGUCCGGGAGACAGCCUGGGAGGGACUGGAGAAGCUAGGCUUCAUGAGCCGUCUCUUUGCGAUUCCCCUGGCUGUGGGAUUGAUGGACAGUGAUAAAAAUGUGCGGGCUAAGGCCUUAUACCUUAUGGUAAGAGUCACAGGCAUCCAAACUAAGAGCAUGCUGAUAGCUCUACUGAAGAGACGAGACACUCUCCAGGAAAUGCAGGAAGACUUUAUUGGAGAAAUCUCUCUGGACCAGCUGCUGGGAAUUCAACCUAGUGGUAUCCAGUACCUGCUUACUCAGGUGGAACAGCGGUUAAAUGAGAACCUGACCUUGUCACACAGAGAGGAGAAACCUCCUUUGCUUUUAGUUAUAUCAAGGGAUCGUGAACUUGAUGAACAAACACUCAAAAUUUGGUCAGAACCUGCAAAGAUCGCCAAACCAGAUCAAAGAAUGACACGUGUUACAGCAAAGAGCAAAAAUCUCAGUAUGUAUGGGCAGUUCAUUGAACUAGGUGUGUCAGAGGAUCUCACUCAGGACCUCUGUGUUUUUCUCAAUUACUUUUCUCCCAAUAUCUCUGCAGUUAAAAAGGACAUGAAAAUUUCCAGGAAGCAGGGAGAGACAGAAUUGAGCCCUGUGUUGGUGACUUUAGAGCAUGAAGGUGAACAGAGAGAAGCCAAGGAAUCAGAUCAAAUUGACAUUCAGGAUGUUGCCUCAGAGCCAGAGCUGUCGCUAAGUACUCUCAGCCCAGUCACAUCCAAAGAGGAUGCUGAAUCAAAGGAGGUUGUGUUGGAGGCCAAAAAAGUCACAGAACUCACAAAAGCCUUGGAGAUCAAAAAAGCAGUGAAGGCCAGAGAGGCAGUGGAGGCCAUGGGAGUUAUGAAGGCUAUAGAUCAACAGGACAUGAGAGAUUAUGGAAAAGUGAUCCCUGAGGCACAGAGACAAGAACACCUGAAAAAGCUCUGGGAAAGAGCAAUGAAAAAAACCCAUCACAAAGUAAGUGUGAAGUUGAAAGAGAAGAGAAAAUUGAAGGAAAUUCCAGAAACAACUGCAAAAGAGCCCAAGAAAGAAGUUAUACAGGUUGCUGAGCAAGAAGAAGAUGCAACAAAGGUAUUUAGAAAGGAUGGUCGUGGUUUGUCUGGGAUCCCUGGCCGCACGACCAAAUCAGAAACCAGAUCUUGGCGGGAUGACAUUUGCAAUCUUGUGACCUCAAGGAUAGCAAGUUCCAAUCCAGGAAUGUUAAGGGAUCUGAGUCAAGAGUUGGUGAACUGGGCUCAGGCAAUCCUUGCUCCCCAAGAGCCCAGCUGGGAUCUCUUCCAGGAGAUUUGUCCUCUUUUAAAGGACUUAUCAGAACUGGAUGACAUGGAGAUGGAAGAAACACCUGUUGUAACAGAAGUGGUUACAGAGGUUGUCAAGGAAGAAGAGACAGUAGGACUCGGAGAACAAGAACAAAGAGCUAAAAAAAUGUUAAAGAAAGGCAAGGUGUCUUCUAAAGUCAAGAAAAAGAAAGUUGCUUACUUAGAUGAUCACCAAGUAUCAGACAAAAUGAGAUUCCAAAAACUGAAUGAGGAAGAGGAGGAGUUGAGUGAGGAAGAUGAAGAGCUGAGAAAGGAAUUGGAGGUGCUGGGUGAGGAACUGGAGAAGCUAAUUGAGGCACUGGGGGACCUCAAUGAGGAACUAGAGGAGCUGGGUGAGGAAGAGGAGGCGCUGACCCAGAAGGAGGAAAUAAUCCAGAACCUAGAGAAACAAAUUGAAAAAAUGAUGAAAAGCUAUCGCAAAAUAAAGAAACAUGAUGAGGAAGAGGCAUGGGAAAGGGAAAAAUUGGCCCAGGAAGAGGAACAUUUGUCUAAAGAAGAGGAAAGACUGUCUGGGAAAGAGGGAAAAUGGACAUUAAAAAGACACAGCUUGGUAAAGCAAGAGAUGAAAUUGAUCCGAGAAAAGAAGAAAUCAUUCAUGAUAGAGAAGAAAGAGGCCCGUAAAAAGAAACAAAUCCAAGAAAAGGAAAAGCAAGUUGAGAAACCGGAGAAAGUAGACCAGGAGAGGCAGGCUAAGGAAAAGGAGGAAGAUGCCAAGGACAAGCAAUUAGCCAGGAAAAGACAGAAACUAAGCCAAAAAGAGGAGGAAAUGUUUGGAGAAAAGGAAAAACUGUCACAACAAGAAGUUAAACAGAUCCAGAAAAAGGCAAGCAAAGCUUGGGAAAAGGAGGGAGGGACCCAGAAAGUGGAGGAAAUAACUAAGAAAAAGAGACAACAGAUCUCAGGGAAAAACGUGGAUCUAGGAGAGAAGAGAGAGGCUAGGGAAAUGGAGAAACUGUCACUGAAAGAAGAGAAACAGAAAAGUAGAGAGAAAAUUGAGAAAGUGUCCCCCAAAGAAGAGAAAUGGGUCAUGGAAAAAGAGGAUAAAAUCAGCAAGGAAAAAAAACAAUGGGCCCACAAAAGAAAACUAGCCCUACCAGAGGAGAAACAGGCCCAGAAAGAGAGAAUAUGGGGUCAGAAAGAGAGUGAGCGAAGAAAACAAUGGGCCUGGAGAAAAGAGAAAUUGUCCGGAGAAGAGAAGAAACAAGCCGGUGAAAUGGACAAAAAGUCCCAGCAAAGACAGGCAAGGGCUUUAGAGAAAAGACUGACUCAGGAAGACAGUAUUAUGGGCAAGGAAGAGAGGCAUAUUGCCAAGAAAGAAAGGGCAACAGCCAGGGAAGGAAUUGGUGUAACUAAGAGAAAGGAAAAAGCAACUCAAGAAGAGAAAGAAACUAUUGAAGAAGAGGGGAAACUGGCCUAUGACGUUAGGGCCAAGGAGAUGGGUGUUGCUAAGGAAGAAAAGAAAAGAAUCCAAGAGGAGAGCAUACAGGGAAUGAGGAAACUGGAUAUGGGGGUGGGGAUUAGUUCUGAAGGAAGAGAGACUAGUUCCAGAGAAAAAGAUAUAAGGAAGAAAGAGAGUCACCUGAUGCGGAUCCUGGCUAAAAUAAUUAGAGAAAUGAAUAAAGUGCCAUUGAAAGAAACCUCAGGAAUACCUGAGGAAGAUCAAUUGUUUUCUAUGGGAAUGAGUGAAACUGAUGGCCAGAGGUGGGAAUUUUCUAAAGAACCAGAGGAAAUAACCAGAGAAGAGAAGCAGCUGGUUCAGAAAGAGAGAAAACUAGAAGACGACAGACUAGCUACUGAAGAGAGAAUACUGACUGAUGAAGAGGGCUUGGAGGAAGACCAAAGGUUAUUAGAGAAGGUCCAGGAAAAUAUACUAUUAGAUAAAACCCAGGUAGACAGUAUGUUGAAGGAGGCUCAGCAGCAAAAUCUGUUAGGAGAAAAGCAGCUGAAGAAGCUUCUAAAGAUAAUCAAGGAGAAGAAACCAGAAAAGACCCAGAAGAAGGAAAAGAAAGUAAGCCUGAGUGAAGAGGAAUUGGAAGAGAGCUUGGCUGGGAAGCAUAAGAAAAAGGGUUCAACCCAAAUAAGGAAAAAGGAAAAGAAACUGACUCAGGAGAAAGAGAAGCUGCAUAAGAAGGUAAAAGAGGGCCCACAUGAGGAAGAGAUGGAGCUCUUCAGCAAGGAGGAAGGUGGGGACCCACACAUGGAGGAGGAGGAGGAGGAGGACCUCAGUGAGGAGGAGAAGAGCCAAAGUGAGGAGGAGAGUCUGAGUGAAGAGGAAGAGGGCCUGAGUGAGGAGGAGAGUCUGAGUGAAGAGGAAGAGGAGGGCCUGAGUGAAGAAGAGGAGGGCCUGAGUGAGGAGGAGAAGAGUCUGAGUGAGAAAGAGAAGGCUCUGCCCCUGGGAAAAGAAAAGGGAAUGGUCCUGAAAGUGUUAGGGCAUCAUUUCGAUUUGGAAGGACAGGAAAGUCAACUUCUUAAAGCAUACCCCGUGACAACAUCAUGGGGAAGACAAGAGGAUGUGCUCUUGGAGAAAGGCAGGGGCAUGUUUUUACAAGUCAUGGGAAUGGAGACACAGACCCCAAAAGGCCUCCACAAGCCAAAGUCUCACUUACUUGAAAUUAUCAGAGAAUCACAGAAACCUAAACUCAGGCCCAAAGAUGACACCUGGAAGUGGUUCUUAAAGUCUCAGGAUUCUCAAAAGGGCAAGACUGAGGGCCAGGCCCCUGCCCCUGCCCCAACCACAGCCCUGAACCCAUCCCUUACCUCUAUGCCAGCUAAAAGGCUUGAUUCCCCAGAUGAGGACUGGAUUAGUAAUGUCUUAGUAAGACUGAAAGCAGGAGAACAACUUUCAAGGGACAGUUUCCAUAGACUGAGCCAACUCCUCAAGCACCUCACUUCAAAGGGAUAUUUGAAACAAACACAUCUGUACAGUCUUAAAGCUGUGGCUAAACGCCUCCAGCAGAACCUACAGGGAGGUCACAGAGAUAUAUCACAAUGCUAUAAAGAUGCUUUGAGCCCAGUAUACAUAAAAGCGAUCCCUCCAAUCAGAAGGAAAGAAAUGGAGAGUUGGGGAGAGCCAUUCCCUAUCCAUGAGCCAUCCCGGCCCACCCCUACAUCAGCGUUACCAUCAAUGACCUACAGGCUUCAAGAUCCAAAGGCUCUAACUUGGCUUCUUUUAGGAGAGCCUUACAGGAGUGCACGGGCACAGCAGUUAUCCCAUGUUCUCCAAGAGAUGGGAAUGCAACACUUUCAUCCUGCCACAAGAGAUAUUUUCACAGGUGCCCAUGCUUCUGUGGGAAAACAAACUCUGGCACUGAUGUUUCAGAACGAUCUCAGGGCUCUGAAGGGUGAAGGUAGGGCCCUCAAGCUGCCCCAGCUGGAAAAGAAGGCACAGCCUGUCUCUAAAGACAAGGAAGAGCUCCCCCAAUGGCAGACAUUUGUGGCCUUGUACCAUGUUCUGCGGAUGUUGCAGAAGCGAUAUGCGAGAGACAGUGCUGCGUGGAUGGAACAGUUUAAACGUCUCAUGGACUUGUACCAGCUCAAGUCCCCCCGAAUCCAGAGGCUGCUACUGGAGUUGCUGUGGGGAAAGAGACUCCAACCACAACAGAUCAUCUACGAAGACACUGCAAGGAUCAAGGAGUUGGUGCCUGGUGAACGGUUACUCUCUGACCUGUUGUGUGGUAGUUCUCGUACCCCUGCAGGUCCCCUUGAGUUCCAGAAUGUUGUACCCUUGCCUGGGCAGAACAGAGUGCAUACUGUUCAACCAAUGGGCAUUGCCCAGUAUGGAUUCUUAGAACUUGCCUGGAAAAGGCUACCAAGGGUCAAUCCUUACCGUAGGGAGAGGCUGCCCAACAUCCCUACCCCUACUCUCUGA